AUGGCGCUUUUCGCCCCUAUCGGCGCUCGCCACUUCUACCCUCAUCACUUCCAGUACGGCAAAGCUGGAGAUAAACCAGAAGAUAAUGUCGGCAUUCUUUCUUGUGAAGAUAUACAGUGCCCUGAGGAUAGCUGCAGUCUUGGAUUUGUGCUGUGCCCAUUCCCAUUUAUACCAUUCUGCUUCGUAUUCCCCACAGAAUGCUACAUAAUUCCCGAAGAGUCGAGUGGAGGAUCAGGUGAAGAAGGUUCGGGACCAGAAGAAGGUUCUGGACCAGAGGAGGGUUCGGCAAUAGAACCGGAACCAAUUGAAUGGUCUGGCUCAGGUUCGGGAAGCGAGAGAGGAUCCGUUGUUUGCGCUGCCAAUAUGUACAGUUCCAAAUGUGGGCCACUUUGCCCUCAGGAUUGUACCAAUGAGCCCAGAUGCCUUGCCAUCACUUGCAGUGAUGAGGAUAGAUGCUUCUGCAAUCCUGACUACGUCCUCCUCAUCCAGGAUGACCCAAGCGGUGGAUGUGUGAGGCUCGAUGAAUGCCCAUCUACUUCC